AUGCCCCUACUCAAGGCCAAAUCAGGGCCACAAGCUGUGAGGGUGCAAAGGGUGGUAGUCACCAAGAGCGCCCCAGCCAAGUCGUCGUCUCUGUCAGCGGCGCCACGCUCAUCCAGCCUUGCGCCAAAUGGCAGUCGCAACGGAUCCAAGCACAUGUCGGCACAUCGGUUGUCGUCUCCAGAUCCUAGGAUUCUAGCCCGCACCAAGAGUGCCUCGCCAUAUCCUUCUUCUUCCGACGAAAAGGGGCGUGCCGAGCGCAAGCGCAAAGCACCUCCGCCGCGCAAAGAUUCCACGCCCAUGUGGGGCGACGACGACGACGACGACGGCGACGACGACGACCAGUGGAAGUCUGCUUUGACUGGCAAGAGACGCAAGGUCGUCACCGAAUGGAAAGACCCAAACCGCCGCCUGCGACACAAGAAAGCGUUCGGCGACGAUUUGAGGGAACCGAAAAUCAUACAUGGCGCAGAUCUCGCCUCUAUAAAGACUGCUUGUUCACCUGCGUUCGCUGGGGCACCAGAAGACGAGGUUGCUGUGCAGGUGCAAUAUCCCUCCCGGACUCGGCCCGAAAGGUAUGAGCUGGUGUAUCGUAAGGAUAAGAUCAAUGCUGUACAAGACAUCAAGAGCCUUAUACAACAUGUUGCCGAAACCUAUCUUACGGAAGAGCAAGCGCAACGUUUUACGGACGAUCAGAUCGGGUUUUGCAGAAUUAUGGAGAGAGCUACGGCCGAUAAGAAAACAAAUGAGGUCGUCGAUACUGCCUCCCGUCUGACUGACUUUGAAGCAUUCAAAGCAGCACUCGGCGACUACAACAAGGAGAUCUCGGCUCUCGUAAAGGACGGCUCCGUGGAGAAGAAUCUAGACGCCACCCAUGGCAUUUCCGAGGAACUAGCCGACUUCAUCCUGACCCAGGUUUACGAGCGCACUGUAUCACCCAACGUCGAAUCCCUGAACAAGUACCAGCCUGGAGGAGACAACGUGUAUGGCGAGCUUAGAGCACCCUUCAUUAGGGCUAUCUUGGGCAAGCAUUCUGAGAUGACGUCCGACAAGGUCUUCAUGGACCUGGGCUCCGGCGUGGGCAAUGUCGUGCUGCAAGCUGCCCUCGAGAUUGGCUGUGCAAGUUAUGGCUGCGAGAUGGUCGACAACUCGUGUAACUUUGCUGAGGCACAGGAGAAGGAAUUCAGGUCUCGUUGCCUCCUCUGGGGUAUCAGGCCGGGCCUGGUUACCCUUGAAAGAGGUGACUUCCGAACAAGCAAGAAGAUUCUUGAGGUUCUCCCAAGAGCCGACUGCAUACUGGUCAACAACAAAGCUUUUACGCCAACUUUGAAUGAUGCGCUGGUACGCAUGUUUAUGGACCUGAAACCUGGUUGCAAGGUCAUCUCGCUCGUGUCGUUUGUCAUGGGAAACGAGAAGAAUGGAGUCAACGAUAUCGCAAACAGUAUUUUCGAAGUUGAGGAGCACCAAUACUAUGAGGACUGGGUCUCGUGGUCCCACGCUGGAGGGCGGUACUUUGUGUCGACGCGGAGAUCGUGA